UAUUAAUGAAUAACCCGACGCAGGAGAAAGCAAGAGAGAGCGAAUCGCGUUUACGCAACCCCGGGACGCGAGGAACACCAACAGCAGCAACCCGCUACUGCUGCAGUGUGGUGGCAGUUGCCAUGCUUGCAAGUUAGAAAGAAAGAAACAGUGCUCGCUCGAAUUUCGAGAACGAAAGAGAGGAAGAAAAAAUGUACAGCAGUGGUGGCGCUGAAGCCGAAUCGGAAUCUGAAUCUGAGCGCAAUAGAAUGGGUGAUGAUAAGGAAGAACAGGGCUCCUCGUUCAAGAGCUGGGCCAAACAAACGGAGGAGAGUUAUCAGCUGCAGCUCGCUCUUGCUCUUCGUCUUUCUUCUCAUUCAGCUUCUUCUUCGGAUCACCCCUCUUCUUCGGCCCAGACGCUCACGCACCGGUUUUGGGUAGAUGGUUGUUUGCAAUACUCUGAUAAAAUUAUAGAUGGAUUCUACUUAAUCCAUGGGAUGGAUGUAUAUACAUGGACUAUAAGUACUGAUCUGCAGAAUGUUGGUAUGAUUCCGUCAUUUGAAUCACUGAUGUCAAUUGAACCUAGCGAUGACUUGUCAAUCCUAGUGGUUGCUGUUGAUAAAUCUAGAGAUCCUGGUUUGAGAGAACUGCAAAAUAGGGUAGCAAGUCUUUCAAAUAACUGGAUUACCACGAAAGAUGCAACUGAUCAGCUUGCAAAUCUUGUUUGCAAUAGGAUGGGGGGAGGAUCUUUAACUGAGGAAAAUUUAGGUACACGCUGGAAGGAAUGCACCCAACUUCUUAAAAGCUGCCUGCAUUCCGUCAUUCUUCCAAUUGGAAGCUUACCCAUUGGCCUUUGUGUCCAUCGAGCUUUGCUGUUUAAAGUGUUGGCUGACUUAAUCAAUCUACCAUGCCGUAUUGCAAAGGGCUGCAAGUAUUGUAGGAAGGAUGUGGGUGCCUCAUGUAUAGUGCAAUUUGGUUCUGACAGGGAGUAUAUGAUUGAUUUAGUUGGAAGACCUGGGGCAACAUGCCAGCCUGAUUCUUCACUGAAUUCUGCAUCUUCAAUGUUGGUCCCUUCACCAUUAUGUCAUCCAAAGUUCAAGCCAGUUGAAACAGCUGAAUAUACAAAGACACUAGCCCAAUUGUAUUUCUUGGACAGUGAAGCACUGCAUCUUGUAUUUGAUACCACAUCAGGACCUGCUGUUAAUCAUAGUGGCAGAAUGGAUCUACAGAAAACUGAAGCUCUGGGUGCAAAUUAUGCGGGUGGGAACAGCCAUCUGAUUGCUUUGAUUCCUGGUGCAGAGGAAUAUGAGUCUUUCAAUGAAGCAAACCAGUCAAUAAUGGAUUACCCAAGUCAUGAAGUUGAUCUUGACAAGGAGGAUCUGGAUAUUCCAUGGAGUGAACUUAUUUUGAAGGAGAACAUUGGGACAGGGUCAUUUGGAACCGUCCUUCGUGCGGACUGGCGCGGUUCUGAUGUUGCUGUGAAGAUUCUUAAAGUGCAGGGUUUUGAUCCUGGGCGAUUUGAAGAAUUUCUAAAGGAGGUCUCACUCAUGAAGCGCCUCCGGCAUCCAAACAUUGUACUUUUGAUGGGUGCAGUUAUUCAACCCCCGAAGUUAUCAAUAGUAACAGAAUAUUUAUCAAGAGGCAGUUUGUAUGAACUUCUGCACAUGCCCAAUGUUGGAUCAUCACUUAGUGAAAAGCGUCGUUUAAGUAUGGCUUAUGAUGUUGCAAGCGGAAUGAAUUAUCUUCAUCAAAUGAGACCUCCUAUUGUUCAUAGAGAUUUGAAGUCUCCAAAUCUUUUGGUUGAUGAUUCAUACACUGUUAAGGUAUGUGAUUUUGGCCUUUCACGUACAAAGGCAAACACAUUUCUUUCAUCUAAAACCGCUGCCGGAACUCCUGAAUGGAUGGCACCUGAAGUCAUUCGAGGAGAACUGUCAAGCGAAAAAUGUGAUGUAUUCAGCUUUGGUGUAAUCUUGUGGGAACUAGUGACCCUGCAACAGCCAUGGAGACAAUUAAAUCCUUCACAGGUUGUUGCAGCUGUUGGUUUUAUGGGCAAAAGGCUAGAGAUUCCAGGGCAUGUGAAUCCUCAAGUGGCUGCCUUGAUUGAGCUCUGCUGGGCCACGGAACACUGGAGACGACCUUCUUUCUCCUAUGUUAUGAAAUGUUUGCAGCAAAUAAUUGCUGAUGCUAAAGGGUGAACAAGUUUACCCUGAUAAUCUUCAACCUGUAUACAGACAAGAAACAGCAAUAUUGAACAGAAAAAUAAAUGGGAUUCCAGUUUAUUCAGGAAAUUGCUGAAGAAUUACAAUAUACCGUUUUAUAGAGUAACCUACGAAUUUUUGUUGUAUAUGCUAUUUAUAUAAUCAUUACUCACAUUGUCAUAUAUAUUACUAUUUGCUUUGGAUGUACCUAUAAUAAUCGUAUGACACUGGGAUUCUAAUUUAUACAUAUAAGAAUUAUUUUUAUCUUUUAAAAGAAAUAAUAAUAAAGUUUCCUUUCCCCCCA